AGUUAAAACAGGAUAAAAACAGAAUAAAAACAAAACCAAUAAUAAUAAACGCAUAAUGAUACAUUGGUAUAGUGAGCAUAUGAUGCCUUGAUAAGGCACUAGGAAAUCUGGCAGUCACUUUCUGCAUACUGAAAAAAAUUGUGAGCAAGAAUAGUGAAGGACACAAAUAGUGAAUGUCUUUUUGUUGGGAAACAUUUUAGAAUGGAAAACCUCCAGAGAGUACCAGGGGUAUAGACUAGGUUGGGAAGCUGAAGAAAUGUCCCAGAAGAAGGCAAUGGCAAACCACUUCUGUACUGCUGCCAAGAAAACUAGUUGGAAAUAUCUAUGAAGUGACCAGAUGUUCCAGAUGAGCAUAAUUGAAGGGAGAAUGUUGGAUUCAAUGAAUCAUGGAAUCAAAUAAUACACUAAAUCAUAUGAACCACAGAGAUUAAAGUUGUUGUGAAUUAUGCCUUGUACAAGAAUCAUCUUGAUCCUGGUAGACAAUAAACCUCAAGCCCACAUAACAAUUACUGGAUUUUUAAAAAGUUGUGAUCAAGUGAUCAAUGAUCUAAUUCAGGAACUAGACUGAUGACAGAUGGCAGCAACCCUUUCCCAUGGUGAUCUUGCUGGAAAGCAGAAGUUGGUUGAGAAAUAAUCGCUGGGUACAGAAAUAGGAAGAGAAUGGAGAAGUUGAUUGUUGCAUGUGUUGGACAUGAUUCCUGCUGAAUAAGCAACAAGGCAUGCUGCGUGUCCAGGGCUCGGCUUGUUACUUAUCUGCUUGCAAUGAAGGUAAUUAAACAUUCUGAGGAGGCACUGAAAGCAGCCCUGAUCUCCAAGGACAGACAGCUUUUGAAGCUUUAUGAGAAGUUUGAUCCUAAGGAGAAGCUUUUGCUAAAUGAAGCAUUUCAGCCAGACAGUAUUCUUUUUAAGCCUAUAACUCUGCAUUCUGAAUCAGACUGGAUCUCCUCACAUCCAGAACCCACCCAGGAUUUUUCACAGUUUUAUCAUGACCCUUGCAGAAAUGUGCCAACCCCGCAGAAGAGUCAGAUUUACAUCCAGCCUAUUGGUUCUUUUGGAGAUUCCAAAGUUAGCACGGAUGUCUACUUGAAAUGGCUGAGAGAUUACUGUGAAGCAUUUUACUAUGGCCUGACUGUAAGAAUCCUAGACCCGAUGCCAGUUUCACACACAGGUUGUGCUUUCCGAAUCAAUGAAUACACACACAAUCUGCAGAUUCAUGCAGGGUACCUCUUGAAUUACCUGAAGAAAAAAAAGGCAAAGAAUGCUUUUUGCAUUGUGGGAAUAACCAUGAUAGAUCUUUACCCGAAGGACUCUUGGAAUUUUGUCUUUGGACAAGCCUCCUUGACAGAAGGGGUAGGGAUCUUCAGCUUUGCAAGAUAUGACAGUGACUUUUACAGUGCAAACUACAGAGGCAGAUUGAAGACUACGAAAAAGCUUUCUGCAGCUGACUAUUCUGUGUUUGACAGUUACUAUACUCCUGAGAUUACAAGUAAACUGCUUCUGAGAUCCUGCAAAACUUUGACUCAUGAGAUUGGGCACAUCUUUGGGCUCCAUCACUGUCAGUGGUUACAAUGUGUUAUGCAGGGAUCUAAUCAUCUGGAGGAAUCAGAUCGACGUCCAUUAGACCUUUGUCCUGUUUGCUUGCGCAAGCUGCAGUCUGUACUUGGGUUCAGCAUUCUGGAAAGAUACAAGGCACUGCAGAGAUGGAUAGAGGAUGAAACUAAUGGGACAGAAGAAGGGCAUAGCAGUAAGGCUAGAGGAGGAUUGCCAAAGCCAGUGGAAGCAUUUACAGAAAGUUAUGAAUUGCUUGUCAAAUGCUUAAAUGUUCUCCAGAAAUAAGUUUGAUAUGCAGGUUCAAAGGGAAUGGUCUUAUUAUAAUAGUAUAAUCACUGCUGAAGUAUGGUGAUGAAUUAAAUAUAUUUUAAGUUAAAAGCUAAAAGCCUUAUUAUAAAGAUUUAACCUGUUGGUUUUGUAUAUUUUCUUUUGUCUCUAUUAAAUCACUCUUUCUUCUGGAAUGUCUAACACAGUCUAAUAACACAUUAUUUAUUUCUUACAUUGAAACAUUUAAACUACGCUGCACUCCAUGGAACCACUGUCAAACAUCUGAAUUUGUUAUUUUGUCCAAGAUAUUGAUUGACAAAUUGAGCACUCUGUUUGUAAUAUAUUUAUUUACGUGACUUUGGAACAAGCAUCAACAACUUUAAGAAGCAUUUUCUCUGCCUGUUCAGCCAAUGGCCAUGUUUGCAUUCCAUGGCAAACUAUAAAUCCUGCUUUUGCAUGGAACAAGAAGCGGAGUGGAAGCAAAUGGGUUGUGUGUAUCAAUAAGCCCUUCAUGCACAUCAUAGUUCAAAAUAAAUGCAGACAAACUUAGGGGGCAUAAGCAAGGUAUGAAAUUGGAUGGUAGAUCAGAGCCUCUAGUGCUUGUGCUCAUGUAUGCUCCUGCCAUCAGUUGAUCUCUCUCUCUCUCUCUCUCUCUCACACACACACCCUUCUCUGCCCAUGUAAUCUUAAUUGAAAUGUUAGUUCAAGAAAUAAUUGGAAAAAAUCAC